GCCGAGAUGGCUGGUAGCAUCCGCUGCGGUCCAUUGUGUGGUGAAACCAACGCUGGGGAAUCAGAGUGUUGCCUUCCUUCACCUCGUGACGUCACACUUUCAACUCCCACCAUUUUAGAAGGCGUCGGCACCACCCCUGAUCCCGCUGGUCGGCACAAUCCGACAAUCCCACGACGGUUCAACAUGCCACUUUGCUCCACGUUUCGGGUGUCCGGCUUCGGCCGAGGUUUGGAGAUGAGACCCAUGAACUUCCAGAGUGCCGUUCCGGAUUUCUGGGUGUGCAGUUUCUGUCGGGUGAUUGCAAGCAAGGUGGUUUUACUUUCGUGUUUUCACUCCGCCUGCGAGGCCUGCUUCGCCGAGUGCCUCAGGGAGGACAAGCUCUGCCCCCUUGACCAAGUCCCCAUAGAGGACGACGUGCAGCGAGUGUCAUUUUCGACGAAAAAACUGGGCAUGUUGAAGGUGUCCUGCUGGAAUGCGCCUAACGGCUGUGACUUCUCCGGGUCCUGCAUGGACGUUCUGCAGCACUUCGAGCAAGACUGCGGGUUGCGCACCACCUCGUGCCCCAGCUGCGACGCCCUAGUCCCCAGAGACGACGUUGUCGAGCACCUCAGGUCCGCAUGCACUGCUCGAGUCAUUCAGGUGGUGGAGGCAGCAACAUCCGCCAGCAUGUCUGGAAGUGACCAGCGAGCCUACCUCGAAAUGAAGCAGCUGCUGGAAAAGAUCAGGGACGACCACCUUCACCUGCAGUCCAGUUUCAACCGGCUUUCAGAGCAGGCGAAUAUCGUUAGCGCCCGGCAGCACGAAAGCUACGAGACAGGUGUGACCAGGGUUGUCGAUCUGAUUCACGAAGUUGAAACCGGUCUAAAAAGCGAUGUCAAAACCCACAUGAGCAGGGAGGUGUCGGAGCUGAACAGGAGUUUGUCCCUAGUGACAAAAAAGGUCUCCCUGUUAGUCAGUACUUAUUCGAGCCAUGUCUGGGUCCUUGAGGGCUGGCGGAACAUGACCGAUGGCGCGCAUCGGGGUACCCUUGUUGAAACUGAAAGCCCUCUGCGAAGCGUACGAGGCUACUUGAUGUCUCAGGUUGUAAAAAUGGCGGUCGACACUUCCCGCCUCCUACGGUUCACUUCAUACAUCAGGAUCCACUCUGGUCCAUUCGAUGACGAUCUUGAAUGGCCCUUCCAUGGUAUGCUCGCCUGUUAUACUGUUAACCCGAAGAAGAACUGCUGUACAGCUCUAGCGUCUGUAUCUAUAGAUGAGCGGUGUCCCAAAGAAUCCUUUGGAAGGCCCGUGCAUGGUCCGAAUAGCCCUUAUUUGAUAUAUGAGGGGGACGCUCGAAUCCUUGAGGAUGGCGGCUCCGUUGUCGAUGGUAAGCUUUUUCUUAAAAUCACAGUUCUCUAGACUUCGCUCGCAUACCUGCCUUGCGUACGCCGUAAAGGGAGUUGACGGCAACGCUGUAGCCUAUGCAAUCAAGAAUAUAUCGAGGCAGGUCUUUUCCUUCUAUUUAUUGAUUAAACACUUCCUCUCGGCGAGAAAAAAAUGCAAGCAUGCAACAAAAAAACAGACAGCACGACACGGAAUUUCAAAAUCAGCUUAUAAAGCUGGAGACAUUUUUCACAAAGCAAUUUUAUUGAAGCAUACAAUCCAGGUAUUGAAAUAUUCAGCGACAUUUCUGUUUACCGCGAACAAUUGCAAGGGUUCGCCACAUAUCUGAGUUUUAUUUGUUUUGUGUUAAUUCGGCGUUUACUCGUUCUUUGUGCACCAAAGUGUAGACCUUCGGGUUGGUUUGGGCGCACGAAAAUAAAUAUUUGUCUGUUUUCUUGCUCGUGAUUUCUUUUUUAUUAAUAUGUGACAACAAAGAAUGUCAGCCACAUCCUCCGUGUCGUAAGAGCUCGGCAAGAUUUUGUGCUACAUUCUAUGGUGGACAUUGACGCUAGUGUCUUUUGUGUGUGUGUUUGUGUUUUUUUUUAUUUUAAGCGUCAGUCUCCACUUGGAACUGCUGUAAAAUCUUGGUGCUAAUUCUUUUUUUUAUGUGUUUGUUUAUAAUUUAGAACUGGCUAUUUUAUGCAAUUAUAUAGCUGAUUUUGCCGCACAAGCCCAUGAUGGCUUUGGCGAACCUGCAGCCAGCCUUCAAUAUGCUCUUCGUUCACAAAUAAAUUUAUU